AAGAAGUUGACUAAAUCCACGUAUCUUACCAACUACCGACAGGCACCCAUGCUCCGGUCUAUAAGAGGACCAAUGGGAAAUUUUCCAACUAGUUUGCACCUAUCAAAACUCCGUCUGCCGGCCCCAGGUUCAAGGUAGCAUGCCUAGGUAGGGCAGAUAGACAACACGACUAGCCAAUAUGGCUUCGUUCGCGCUCUUUGUAUUUGAGAAUACAUAAGGCCCAGCUGCGACUGUUCCCCGUCUCUGUUGAAGUUGGAAAACUGUGGGAUCGGCCUCUCUUACAGUUGAGAUCCAUCUUGGCAACUGGUAUUUCAACUCACGGGCGAUCAUACAAUUCAACAGACCUAACAACGAACCCAAAAUGGCGCCCAUAUGGAAAGGCCUGCUCGGUGGCCUCCUCACCGUCCUCUCAGUCAUCUCGAAUGUCGCCGCAGAGUACCCGAACCCGGGCCCAGUCUCCGGAAGCGUCAACGUCCACGACCCCUCCGUUCUCAAGACGUCAAGCGGUACAUACCUCAUGGCCCACACCGGAACCAACAUCGCUCUCAAGACCUCCACCGACCGCACCGUUUGGCGCGACGCCGGCGCCGCCUUCCCCAACGGCGCCUCGUGGACAACAGCCUACACGGGCGGAGACACCAACCUCUGGGCCCCCGACAUCUCCUACCGCAACGGGCAGUACUACAUGUACUACUCAGCAUCCACCUUUGGCUCCCAAAAGUCCGCCAUCUUCCUCGCCACGAGCUCCACCGGUGCCUCCGGCUCGUGGACGAACCAGGGCCUCGUCAUUGAAUCCUCGAGCUCCGUCGACUACAACGCCAUCGACCCCAACCUCAUCGUCGACGCCAGCGGCAACUGGUGGCUGUCCUUUGGCUCCUUCUGGACGGGCAUCAAGAUGAUCUCCAUCAACUCCAGCACCGGCAAGCGCUCCGGCACGAACCUAGUUUCUCUCGCCCGCCGCACCGUCAACGACGGCGCCAUCGAGGCGCCCUUUAUCACACGCCGCGGGAGUUACUACUACCUGUGGGUGUCGUUCGACUUCUGCUGCAAGGGCGCGUCGAGCACGUACCGCACUAUGGUCGGUCGGUCUACCAGCGUGACGGGCCCGUUCACCGAUCGUAACGGAGUGAGCAUGUUGAACGGCGGUGGUACUGAGGUGAUGGCUACUCAUGGCUCGAUCUAUGGACCCGGUCACCCGUCUGUGUUUACGGAUGCGGAUGCUGAUGUGUUUGUGUACCAUUACUACAACAGCGCCAAUGCUGCACUCUUGGGCAUCAACCUUAUUCGGUGGGAAUCGGACUGGCCAGUCAUCUACUGA